UGCACUUGAUGAAUCGAUGCCCAUGGCGCUUGUGUGUCGUGGUUCUUCAGUUGGUUGUCGGGUGUUUAUUCGUGUUUACGGGGACGAUGAAGGUGACGGAUCGGAUCUCCUCCGAGCUGUACGCCGAGGGGCUGGAAGAGUUUGUGAAGUUUACAGAAGUACUCCCAUUAAAGAAGUUUGGCCUCCAUGUAGAACCCAUCGUUUUCCUAACAGCUGUGGGCUGGAUUGAAUUGGUUGGAGGUUUGCUGCUGAUACUUGGGCCCAGAAUCUUACAGGAAGUCAGUAACAUUGUCCUCUCAAUCAUUAUGAUGGGUGCCAUCUAUUCCCUGCUGAUGCUGAAGAAACCGCUUUACAUGUGCAUACCAGCCACCAUCUGCCUUGGCAUAUUACUCCUGCUCCUCUAUGUCUGGGGAAGAGACAGAAAGAAGCAGAAGGAUGAAUGACCAACUCUCUUCUCAGUUCCAGGUGCCGUGCACCAGUCUGGCUUCUGCACAGUAUCAGAACAUUAUGUUAAAUCAGAAAUUAUGUAAAACAUGCUAACUGAAGGGAAUUAAUGCCAUGCUUCGAUUAAAAAAUUCCAUAGGGCAACUGGGAAUGAGGUAGAAAUGAUGGAAUACUAUCUAUCAGGAAGAUAACAUACUCAUGAAAAAGUAAUCAAACUAGUAACAUUGACAGCAGGAUGUGACUGGGUUUUGGCAUCAGGGAGGGAGGUUCAGUUACUGAAUAUCUAAAUUGACAGGACUAAAUCACCAGAUUAAUGUCAGAACAUAAGAGGUAGAAGCAGAAGUAUUUGGCCCUUCAAGCCUGUUCUGCUAUUAUUCAAGAUCAUGGCUGAUCUACCCAAAUACCAAUUUCAUGCACUCAACCCAUUUGCCUUAAUUCGUUUUAUAUCCAGAAAUCUAUGAAUCUCUGUUUAGAAUUAACUCAGCCUCCACAGCCUUCCAAGGUAGAGAUUCGCCGUGCUCUGUACAAAGAAAUUUUCCCCCAUCUAACUCCUAAAGAGCCAUGAACUAAUUCUGAAGUGGUGACCUCUAUUCCUUGGCAACUCAGCCAGGGGAAACACACUGCCUGCAUCCAGCCUGAUGAGCCCUGAAAGAAGUUUGUAAAUAUUAAUGAGAUUUCCUCUCAUUUUUCUAAACCUUGGAGAAUAUGGGCCUAAUUUACUCAAUCUGUCCUCAUGCUAAACCUGCCAUCCGGGAACGAGUCUGAGGAGUCUUUGCUGCACUCCCUCUGUGGUAAGAAAAUAUUUUCUUAGGUAAGAAGAUCAUCAAGCUUCUCUGAUUAGUGCCAAAUACUCUCAGAUUUCAGCAGAUAGAGUCAUAGAGUCAUACAGCAAAGAAACAGGCCAUUCAUCCCAACUGGUCGAUGCCAACCAAGAUUCCCAUCUAAACUAGUCCCAUUUGCCUGCAUUUGGCCCGUAUCUCUCUAAACUUUUCUUAUCCACGUACCUGUCCAAGAACCUUUAAAUGCUGUUAAUGUACCUGCUUCAACCAUUUCCUCUGGUAGCUCAUUCCAUAUACUGACCACCCUCUGGGUGAAAAAGUUGUCCCUCGGGUUCUUAUUAAAUCUGUCCCCUCACAUCCUAAUCCGAUGUCCUCUAGUUUUUGAAUCAACAAUCCUGGGGAAAAGACUGUGCGCAUUCACCCUAUCUAUGCCCCUCAUGAUUUUAUAUACUUCUGUAAUAUCAUCCCUUCUUCUUCUAUGGUCAAAUGAAUAAAGUCCCAGCCUACUCAACUGCACUCUCUAACUCAGUCCCUCGAGUCUUGGCAACACCCUUGUAAAUCUCCUCUGCACCUUUGCCAGCUUAAUUGCAUCUUUCCUCUAGCAGGGUGACCAAAACUGAACAUAAUAUUCCAAAUGCAACCUCACCGAUAUUAGUUUUUAUGAAACAUUUUCUAUACAUGACCUAAUGUGAGAUGAUUAUUGUAAGAAUUUAGAAAUAAGCUGUAAUCACUUAUAAAUGUUAUGAUAUUCAUGGAUUUAUGACCUAUUCUUGAUUGUCUUUUGUUGAAAUCCUUUUUUAUUUAUCAGGCAGUUAAUUAUGUAGCCACUGUGCAGGGAACUAGUAUAUCAUCUCACAUUCAAAGUGCAAAUGGUGGAAGAUGUAUAGUUUGCUCUGUGUUCUGUACCUUUUGAAAUUUGACCAAGUUCAAUCUGUGAUGAAAGAUACUUGGCAGGUGUGGACAGGAUUGAACUACUUCACUGCAAACAUUCCACAGUGCUCAGGGGCAGGAUUCAAAAUGGUAUUAAUUCCAGCAUAAUUGAACUGGUAAUUGUGAUAGUUCAUCGUUAUUAAAAUAUAUCACCGCUGAGGUUAUUGUCAGUGAAGAGGAAGCAGCAAGUCCCUUUCUACCGGCUUGUUUUUUUUACUGAUGUCUGAAUGGAAAUCUAAUUACACAUCAUCAGGUCCUGUUGUAUCAUCUCAUUCUGUAUAACCCUUUGCCUGUUCCAUUCUGUGCUUACUGAGUAACGUCACGAUUGAGAAUCAAGUAAAAAGAUUGUU